UGCCUGUGCAUCAGUAGAGGAGCAGAGCGCGGUGGCGCACGCAGACAGAGACAGACAGUGUGGGGAACUUGCCACGAGAUCUGAGCGGACUUUUCUUUUUUUUCUACAAUACGAAUUCCCUCCCUUUCCUGUGGCAUUUUAAAGGACUCUCUAUCUUAUUACCCACUGAACGGGGCUCUGUCGUGUGUGCGCUGAAUGGGAGCGAGCGAAACCAGAAGGAGACCCGGAGAAAUCAGCGGGGAGGAGACAAAUCUGUACGCGGAGAGGAGAGCGUGACUCGCGGCUUGGCUGUGCGUCAUUGCGCGGUAUAGCGAUCCAGGGUCGGUUUGAAGUGUUUCCGAAGGUUUCGAGGGAAGAGGAAUAACUUACUAACUUUAGUUUGGUCCCGGAGAAGACUUCUGUGACAUUUUUAACUGAAUCCGAGUAAGGAUAUCGGAUCACAUUCUCCUCCACGCAUGUUGAAAGUGGAGAGAGGAAGGCUGGAUGCCUGCGGCUUUGCGAGUCCUCAAGGCGCAGCCAAGGAUUACACCCAGCCCGGGCAUCAUUUGACGGACUAAGGACGAAUAAUUACCCGUUUCUUCGUGCGCUUUUGGCGUCUUUGGAGAGGAUAUGGCACUGUCGGCGCUGGAGAGAGAAGCGCAGCCGGCACAUGCGAGAGCAAACAGGAGCUGAAUGACAGGAUGCCAGCGACCUGAGCCCGCACUCAGAUCACCACCAGCUUCACUCAAAGACACACUCACACUUUAUUUCUCGAAUUAAGAGGACAACGAAAUAAUAAUUGUCUUGAAACCUUUUGGAGGAGUUUGUUUUGAGAAUUGUUUUAUGUCCGUAAUUUUACUUUUUCUGGCGAUUAAACAAGGAUGCAUUGUGGAUUAGUCUUUAUCCUGUUCAUGGGAAUCCUCUUGGUGGUCAAGGCUUUCAAAAACGAUAAAUGUGGAGGCAACAUCAGAAUCUCAGCUGCCAGCUAUCUCACGUCGCCCGGAUACCCCAUGUCGUAUCCCCCCUCUCAGAGAUGCACAUGGGUGAUAUCGGCGCCUGGCCCUCACCAGCGGAUCCUCAUCAACUUCAAUCCACAUUUUGAUCUGGAGGACCGGGAGUGCAAAUAUGACUACGUGGAGGUGCGAGAUGGCGUGGAUGAGAGCGGUCAGCUGGUGGGGAAGUACUGCGGGAAGAUUGCCCCCUCCCCGGUCGUGUCUUCGGGAAACCAGCUCUUCAUCAAGUUUGUGUCCGACUACGAGACCCAUGGAGCAGGUUUCUCCAUCCGAUAUGAGAUCUUCAAGACAGGUCCUGAAUGCUCCAGGAACUUCACCUCCAACAGCGGUGUCAUAAAAUCUCCUGGUUUCCCAGAGAAGUACCCCAACAACCUGGACUGCACUUUCAUGAUCUUUGCCCCCAAGAUGUCUGAGAUCAUUUUGGAGUUUGAGAGCUUUGAGUUGGAGCCGGACCCAACACCACCUUCUGGCGUGUUCUGCCGAUAUGACAGACUGGAGAUUUGGGACGGUUUUCCUGGAGUCGGUCCAUAUGUCGGGAGGUACUGUGGGCAGAACACUCCUGGUCGGAUCAUCUCCUACACUGGCAUCCUGGCACUGACAAUCAACACCGACAGUGCCAUCGCGAAGGAGGGCUUCUCUGCAAACUUCACCGUCAUUGAAAGGACCGUUCCCGAGGACUUUGACUGCAGUGACCCAUUGGGAAUGGAAUCUGGAGAGAUAACAUCAGACCAAAUCAUCGCUUCAUCCCAGUACAACCCCAGCUGGUCCCCAGAGCGCUCCAGACUCAACUACUAUGAAAACGCAUGGACUCCGGCCGAAGACUCCAACAAGGAGUGGAUACAGGUGGACCUUGGGUUCUUGCGGUUUGUGUCGGCCGUCGGUAUGCAGGGCGCCAUUUCCCAGGAGACCCACAAGGUUUACUUCGUCAAGUCCUACAAGGUGGACGUGAGCUCCAACGGAGAGGACUGGAUCACUUUGAAGGAAGGUUCCAAACAAAAGGUUUUCCAAGGCAACACCAAUCCGACAGACGUUGCCAAGACGAUGCUGCCCAAACCCACGCUGACACGCUUCCUUCGGAUCCGUCCGGUUACCUGGGAAACAGGCAUUGCGCUGCGCUUCGAGGUGUAUGGAUGUAAGAUAUCAGAGUAUCCGUGCUCGGGCAUGCUGGGCAUGGUAUCGGGCUUGAUCACUGACAACCAGAUCACCGCGUCCUCGCACACAGACCGGAACUGGGUACCAGAGAAUGCCCGCCUGCUGACGAGCAGGACGGGGUGGACACUGCUGCCUCAGCCCCAGCCCUUCACCAGCGAAUGGCUGCAGGUGGAUCUUGGCGAGGAGAAGCUUGUGAAGGGGUUGAUCAUCCAGGGAGGGAAGUACCGCGAGAACAAAGUCUUCAUGAAGAAGUUUCGCCUCGGCUUCAGCAACAAUGGCUCUGACUGGAAGAUGGUGAUGGACACCAGUGGGAACAAGCCAAAGAUAUUUGAAGGUAAUAGCAAUUAUGACACUCCAGAGGUGAGGACAGUGGAAACCCUGCGGACACGAUUCAUCAGAAUAUACCCAGAGAGGUCCACUCCUGCUGGCAUGGGCUUGCGCCUUGAGCUCCUGGGCUGUGAGAUUGAAGCCCCGACGCCGACACCCACCACGCUGGUCCCGAGCACGACUCCAUCGGACGAGUGCGACGACGACCAGGCAAACUGCCACAGUGGCACAGGUGAUGACUACGACGUGACAGGUGGAACCACGAUGCCAGAGACCACUACACCUGAAGUGGAUACAAUUCCAGCUUUUCUGUGGUUUGCCUGUGACUUUGGCUGGGCCAGCGACCCGUCCUUCUGCAGCUGGACUUCAGAGGACACUGGCUCCCGUUGGCAGAUCCAGUCCAGUGGCACGCCUACCCUCAACACUGGACCCAACAUGGACCACACAGGUGAGAGCCCUGCAGGUGGAUCAGGGAAUUUCAUCUACACCUUGGCAACAGGUCUUCAGGAGACAGAGGUGGCUCGGCUCAUCAGCCCCGUGGUCGGCUCCCCGGACUCCGACCUAUGCGUGUCCUUUUGGUACCACAUGUUCGGCUCACACAUCGGCACACUGCACAUCAAGCAGCGUAAACAGACAGUUGACGGACCAGCCGACAUCCUGCUGUGGACCGUCAGUGGUCACCAAGGCAACCGCUGGAGGGAAGGUCGUGUCAUUGUGCCACGCACCAACAAACCGUAUCAGGUGGUGAUUGAAGGUCUGGUGGAGAGAAAGAGCUGGGGAGACAUCGCUGUGGACGACGUCAAGGUCCUCAAUGGUCUCAGCAUGGCAGACUGUAAAGAUCCUGACGUACCCACGGAGCCGAUGUUACCGGAGGACCGCAAUGAAAUCUUUGAAGACAUCACUGAAUACCCGGUGUUUGUGGAGACGAACCAGAUCAGUGGAGCAGGCAACAUGCUAAAGACACUCGACCCCAUCCUCAUCACCAUCAUCGCUAUGUCCGCCCUGGGGGUCUUCCUGGGCGCCAUAUGUGGCGUGGUGUUGUACUGCGCCUGCUCCCACGGCGGCAUGUCAGACAGGAACUUAUCAGCCCUGGAGAACUAUAACUUUGAACUCGUGGACGGCGUCAAGAUAAAAAAGGACAAACUCAACGUACAGAGCUCAUACUCGGAGGCUUGAGACGGGACUGAGUGCGUCAGUGUGACUGUGUGACGUGCAGAGCUCGCAGAGCGUGCACAGGACUGGCUGUAGGCGCAAACCUCCCGUGUAUCUGCGAGGAGGUAAGCUCAAAGGACUGCCAACGCCCUCAACUCGCUGGAUGAGGGACAGGUUCAGGAUCCAGUGGGGAGGCUUCGGACUGAUCCACACUUUUCUCAGGAGCUGCAGUAAAAAUAAAAAUAAAAAAGAACCUACCAGUAGGGGACACUGUGUACAAAUAAACUACAGGAAAAAAAAUAUGUACAGAUGAUUUAGAUAUUUUAAUUUUCUAUUUUGAUUUUCAUUCAUUUUUACAAUCGGAUGCUGGUGUUGAGACCAAUUUAAUAAUGAUGUUGAAAGUAUUUAUCAUUUUCUGGGGAAAGAAAUGUGUUGCUUUUUUUUCGUCAGUUCAUGAAGGCUGUUGUAUAUUUUCAACUUUUGAAAGAGACAAAAAUCAUAAAACGAAUCAUAUCCGGCAAAACUGUAGAUUUGCCCCAUGGUGUGACAUACAGGGUGAGUCCUGAAGCGUGUACUCUGUCCUAUUUGAACCUUAUCAAUCUAAAGUGAGGGUUCCAUUCAUGGCAAUGUAUGGUUCUAACAGUGCCUUUAGUACUUUUUUGUUGGUCUUCUCUGUUGACUUUUUCUUUUUUUAGCUGUAUAUGGCUUAAGUUAUGACGACAGGAAACAGGGACACAUUAUCUUAUAAAUAUCUGCAAAAACGGGAUAACAAUCUAUCACAGCGCUUUUUAUUUCCUUCUAUAGUUUUGUUGAUGUUGUUGUUGUUGUUUUCUGUCCAAAAACCACACACUGUAAAUAAGUUUUAAUAUAUUUUAUUGCCCUUUUUAAAGAAAGUAAAAAAGGAAAAAAAAGGCUGCAGUAUCCCCUUUUUUUUUCACGGGUUUUGUCUGCGUGUGUGUGUGUGUGUGUAAAUAUGAUCUUUGGACUGUUUGGCGGCGCAGACUUUUCUUUUAAUUUUAUUUAAUUUUUUUUCAGAUUAAGUUGCUCAAAGGAAAGAGAUUUGUGUGACGCUGAUGUUGCAGCUGCUUCAAUGUGCAUUCAAGCCAUCUGUCCUUGAAAAAGCCACUUCACAAUAAAGUCACAGGAGCUGGUCAAAUUCAAAAAUGUAAAAUUUUUCCAGUAUACCAAAAACAAAAACAAAAAAAAAAAACCCUCCAACAAUCAUUAUUCCUUUGCUUUAGCUCUGUUGCAGGCAGACACUGAAGGACAGACGAUGCAGCUUGAAUGCACUUUGUUGUUGUUUUUUUUGACUCCCUCGUGUCCGGAGCCUCUUCAAAGAUGGGCUUCGACAUAGAAACUGAAGAAUGGUGCUAUCAUUAACCUAAAGGCCGACACGCGGGGCUCACCAUGAACCCAGUUUGUAUCGUUCACAUGCUCUACUGUAGCUCACUGAGGUCCCAGUUUGUUUUUAUGUGUAGCAGCCAUAACAUUGUGAUGUCAGAGCUGAUGUCGUAAGGACGGGUUACUGGGGGGGUGGGGCGGGGGGUGUAGUGGUGGGUCACCUGGUUUUACCAAAGGAUGGUUGUUUUGUUCGCUCACCAACUGCUUAUCACUCUGCAAACUGCAAAGAACAAAAUCAACAAGAGGGGACUUGAUGUGUCUGUUUUUCUAUCUCUUUUCACACGUUAAAAAAAAAAAAAAAUGGGUGGGACAACGUCACCUUUUUACACUGCAAAGGGGAGGAACUCAUUGUGUGAGACUGACACUUUCAGGACACAAGGGCCAAUGGGACCUGGAACUUUCAAAACAAUCAAAAAACUUGUCUCUAACCUCCAUGUGUGUAUGUGUUGCCGCAGGUGAACACGUCCUCCGCUUGUCCAUUUCAGAUUCAGCCUCUCCACCUGUCCACCUGUCCGUCCCGUCCGUCUGUCCGUCUUCACCCUUGGCCAUAGAAGACUGUAGCUGCAGUGAUGUGUGCUAAACUAGAGAAAAGGGACACUGUAGAGUGGACUACGCAGAAACAAUGUUGCACUGAUAAAUAUAUUUAAGAGGUUUAUGUGUUUAUAGCAUUCAUUUUCCAAAAAAAAAAAAUACAACAGAAGAAAGUUAAAAAAAAAAAAUGUGUUCAUAUCUUUCUUUUUUUAUAUAUAUAUAUAUAUAUAUAUAAAUAGAGUUUCAGAUUAUGUGACAUAAUUCUGAAAUGUAAAGAUAUUGAGAUGUUUUCAUUAUUGAAAAAGGCAUCAUAGUAAUGUCCCUGUCCCCUUCAUUUACAUGGCACAUUAAUAACGCUUCGUUUUGUACUGUCAUUCAAAUUUUGGAAAAAAUACUUUUAUUUUCAAUACUGCUUCUGUAAUUUGCUGUUGUAGGAAAAAAAAAUGAAUAAACAGCAAGGCCUUAAAAAGGAAAGAGGAUAUUUGUUGUGAUCUAGAAUCAGAAACUCCAACAAUUGUUUUUGUUUUCUUUUGUUUUUUCUAUUUCCAGAUCAGAUCCACAUCACAGCCUCGCAGUAAAGGGAAUAAUCGGCAGCCCUUUGAUCAAAAGUCAGAGUAAUGUGAGGGCACGGUAAUUACAACCGACAACAAGAAUCUGUUGUCCCUUCUUUAUGUUGCAGGCAGCCAUCACUCUCCAAAUAUACAAAAUAAACAGCUUCUUGUUGUGAAGGA